CUCGAAAAGUGAGGUUAGUUCGUGUCGAAGUGAUGACAAGAAAAAGACAAGCUGUUGUUGAGCUUCAUCCACAAUUGUUUGUUUAUCAAUAAUAGGUGCCAAAUUGAGCAAUAUGAUUUGGGAGAAAAUGUGAACUUGAUAAAUAAUAAAUUCGGAGUGUCAAAUGUCAUCGUGAAUGCGAUGGAUUCAAAUGGCGGAUGACCGGUAAAAAACGUAAUAGGCUAUUUCGUAAUAAAAAAAAAAGCCUCAAAACCUUUUUCCGUCAAUUGACAGUAGCCACAUCAUCUUUGGCCUUGACGGAAGACAUGAAAACAUGUAAUCAGCUGUACAUUAUUAUCGCGAAGGCGCGUGUUUUCUCUUGUUCUCUCCAUUCCGUUUCUGUAUUUGGUGGCUUCGGUGCGCAUAUGUUUCGAUUAUAACGGCAAUUAUUUUUACCCGUUCGUUAAAUAAAGUUCCCUUUGUAAACAACUCGCAUUCUCAGGCCUAAGAGCACCGAAACGUUGAAAUUUACGAAGGAAAACUCAUGGAGGGAAUGAGGAAAUAAUUUUUACCAUCUGUUUUUUUUAUACGACACAUUUCGUAUACAAUUGGCAAAAUUUCUCCAUCUUUGGCACCACAAUGGAAAUUUUGUUGACCGUGGAAACUAUCGUACAAUGAAGAAUAUCCUCGGUAAAAGAUAUUAAAACAAGUAAAGGUGUUUUCGAGUGUGAGUUAAAAGUUGAAUAAUGCUAAGAAAUCGGGAUUCUUGACGAAUCGAAAAAAAAAUGACGAGGAAAGCAAUGAUUUGGGGGGUUAUGGUGCUGGGAUGUACGGUCCAAGCCAUUACUCCUAUUCCUGAGGAGAAUCCACUAGAAUAUAUGAGCAAGGAGGAUCGAGAAAUGCUCAAGGAGGAAGCGAGGGAUAUGUUUUAUCACGCGUAUAACGCUUAUAUAGAUAAUGCUUAUCCUGCGGAUGAAUUGAUGCCCCUGAGCUGCAAAGGCAGAUACAGGAAGUCAGAACCGGAUAGAGGAGACAUUGAUUCUACACUUGGCAACUUUUCUCUCACGCUGGUUGACACUCUUGAUACCCUGGUGGUACUCGGAGAUUUGGGAGAAUUUGAAAAUGCUGUUCGUCUAGUCGUCAGAGACGUCACGUUUGAUACCGAUGUUAUUGUCUCUCUGUUCGAGACGAAUAUUCGAAUGCUUGGAGGACUGUUGAGUGGCCAUAUCCUUGCGGAAUAUUUGCAAUUGAGAGCUGACAUUAUGCCGUGGUACAGAGGUGAACUUUUGAAUCUUGCUAAAGAUUUGGGGUAUAGAUUUUUGCCAGCAUUCAAUACAACCACCGGAAUACCAUUCGGAAGGAUCAAUUUGAAACACGGUAUGAAAGGUGUACCUGCUGAGAUGUGUCGAGAAACUUGUACUGCUUGUGCCGGAAGUAUGAUCCUGGAAAUGGCUGCUCUUUCUCGAUUAACCGGAGAAUCCAUUUUCGAAGACAAAGCCCAAAAAGCUAUGGAUGCUCUUUGGAAAAUGCGACAUCGGGGUACCGAUCUCAUGGGCUCUGUUUUGAACGUUCAUUCCGGUGAUUGGGUACGAAGAGAUUCGGGCGUGGGAGCUGGUAUUGAUUCCUACUACGAAUACUGUCUCAAAGCUUACAUCUUGUUGGGGGACGAAAAAUAUCUGGGACGUUUCAACAAGCAUUACCAAGCGGUGAUGAAAUACGUGAGUCAAGGUCCAAUGUUAUUGGACGUUCACAUGCACAGGCCGUACACGAAUUCGAAAAACUUCAUGGAUGCGCUUUUAGCAUUCUGGCCAGGAUUGCAAGUUCUAAAAGGUGACAUCAAACCCGCUGUCGAAACACACGAAAUGCUGUACCAAGUUAUGCAGAGACACAAUUUUAUACCCGAGGCUUUCACUACAGAUUUUCAGGUACACUGGGGACAUCAUCCGUUACGUCCGGAAUUCCUAGAAUCUACUUAUUUCCUUUAUCGAGCUACGGGCGAUCAUUAUUAUUUGGGAGUCGGACGUAAAGUUUUGAAAAGUCUGCAAACGUACGCGAGAGUUCCUUGCGGCUAUGCCGCAGUUUCUGACGUUCGUACUAACAAACACGAUGACACGAUGGAUAGUUUUGUUCUUUCGGAAACUUUCAAAUAUCUUUAUUUACUCUUUGCCGAACCAACCGAUCUAGUUCUUGAUCUCGACGAAUUUAUCUUCACCACCGAAGGACAUCUGUUGCCGCUCACUCUUGCUGCUAUACGAACCAAUGUAACCUCGGAUUCGGACAGAGACGUCGUGCAGAUCGAUGAGCUCGGUAGAACUUGUCCAAACAGUUUGCAUCUCUUUCCAGCUUCGGUUCGACAGCCUUUGAGAAACAUGGUUGAAGAUGUUUGUCCACGGAGGAGCGUGAAGCGUCGUCUCAGUGCUGCGCAAUUUCAGGCCAAUAAUUUGGAGCAUUUGAAAAUACUUAGCAAUAUGGGAAUCACUAUCAUGACACCUACAGCCGGACGAAUACAAGUUCUUCACACAUUUUCCAAUGCAAGAACAGCACAGGAUGCUGAAGAGGGUCUCUUAUUUAUGCAAGAAAUGGUAGAAUUGAGUAAAAAGCAAUCGGAGCAAUCAGAGCCACGGGCACAAUCCGUAACGUUUAUGAAAAAUGAUGAGAAACCUCCGCGGGAAGUGAUACUGAGAGCUGGUCCGGCGCACUUCGGUCCGCGGCUUGUCGAUGACAAAAAAGUAACGGGUAUUGUAGAAUUCGCGGAUCCAGCUGAAGCUUGCCAAGAUUUGACAAAUGCCGAAGCUUUGGCGGGAAAGAUCGUGAUGGUGAUGCGCGGAAAUUGCAUGUUCGUCGAGAAGGCAAGAAGAAUCCAAAAAGCUGGUGCAAUCGCAGGAAUCGUACUCGAUAACGUGCUGGGCUCGAGCGCAGCUGAAUCGCCCAUGUUCGCUAUGUCCGGCGAUGGCAAAGAACCCGAUGACGUUACCAUACCCGUUGUCUUCCUGUUCAGCAGCGAGGUUCUCAAACUUGUGAUAGGUCAUGUCGCCGAUAAUUCCCUCUCCGUGACGAUAGGUGAUUACACACCACGUGACGAAAUUCAGUUGAAUGCACCGGGCGAUAAAUCGUUAUUGGAGCGCCUGAAAGGCUCAUUGAAGGAUUUCCUUACGCCUCAUGUGACAUCCGAGAAUUCGGCGGAUCGAGUACCGGAGAAACGAUCGAUUCCGGAGGGCCAGGAGGUUUCUGGUGACGAUUUACCAAUCGAAAUUAGCGCCGGCGAUCCGUAUUUAAGAGCAACGAUAUGGAAAAACAAGGGCAACAUUAAAAUAACGAAACCUGAAGAGAGACCAUUAUUACCGAAGAAAACCGAAUUCCCAAAUUUAUUUGAAAAAAAAUGGUACGAAGUGAAACAGGAAAUAAUGAACAGGAUUUAUUUGUCGGAAGAAGGAACUGUUGUGACUUGGCCAACGAUCCAACUGCUAUAUAAUUUGAUAAAUAGAACGCGGGGUUUAGAAUUACUCGUAACCGGUGGAAAAACGUCCUUCUCCUUUCUCAUAAAAUUGCUAAUGUUCGAAUUGAGCGAAAUUUCCCCGAGUCCCACAGCUCUAUCUUCAGAGCUUCGAAAAAAAUUUAAAUUGAUACAUGGACGUUAUCAUGCUGAAGAUAUUUUACUGUGGUUCAUAAUUGAUAAAGCUCCGAAAUAUUAUGCUCAAUCGAUCGAAGCAAAUCGGAAGAAGGGUACGAUGAAAAAUUCUGUGCUCGAUUCGAGCAAAGAAAACAUAAACGAAAGUACAGAAGAACCUGAAACUUCGAUGAAACACGAUCAAGAUGCGACAAGUAAUCAGAGUGAAAUUCAUGAAAAUAAGGAAAAUAUGGAAAUUUCAAAUAAUGAGAAAGACGACUCGGAGCGAAAAAACUCGAACGAGGCUGCUGGUGAUCCCAUGGAAGAAUUUAAAAAACCAGUUUGGGCACCGGAAGACGGUAAAGACCAAGAGGACUACUUGGCUUUUCCAGCUGAAUCUCAAUUUCCCAAUGAUCCUGAGUACACGGAGCAAAAUUCGGAGAAAACGAGUAAUGAUGUCACGGAAAGUGAACGAAACGGCAAUCGCAUCAAGGAUGAUCUAUAACCCAUCGAUUAUUCCUAGGCACGCGAAAUAAAUUAAAGAAAAAAAAAACAUUCACAACUAUAGAAUAUGAAAUCUGACCAUAGAGACAAACGGAACGAGAUCGUACAGUGAGAAUUUUUAAGAGAAAAAUACAUUCGUACGAGUGUGUUCCAUACUCUUUGUCCACGAUUACCUUUUUCCAUGAAAAAUCGUUAAAUACUUUUUUAUACAUGAAAAAUAAUUGUUAUUGUAGACACCGGAUAAUAAUAUAUAAAUUUUCAAAUGACCAGGAAAUGAGAGAAUAGUCGUUCGAAAAAUCGAAGGAGCACCGAAAAAAUAUUUGAUACGGAAUAAUAAUACAAAUUACAAAGGGUUAUAAUGACAUAAUUUCAAACAUGCGUAGGCAACGGAAUACCAACAUUUUCUCAUUCACCCAAACUCCAAUUAUUAUUCCGUAAUGAUUCUUUUUCCAAUGCCCUUGGCUCACUUUAACUACGCGCAAAAAAAAAGAUUGUGUCCCCCUAGAACCAAAUCCAAGUACGAAAAAUUCUAUAACCUGGUGCUCGAUUAGAUAGACUUCAAAAAUGGCUUUCGAUGAAAGCAAACUUGGUUGUGGACUUUCGCGAUUUCGAUACCGCGUACCCUAGUGAAUGUUUGCAUUUUUAAUAUCAAAUCGGAAGCUACGAUUGCACUCCGAAAUAAAAUGAGCCUUGGACGUGAGCAUGCAGCAAGACGAUGAGGAAAAAAUGGGAAAAAGACCCAGGCUCAUCCAUCAAUUUUUUGUUUCCUCAUUGUUUUUUCCAACGUUAUGGUAUUCUUUAGUUCGAGACAAAACACAGAAAUGUACAAAAAUGCAUACAUAUGACAUACAUUUAUGAAAGAUAAUAUUGUAUAUACACAAAUAUAAAUAUAUGUCAUAAGAAUCGUACAAUUAAGAGAAUGAAUGUGUGCGAGAUCGUGAAAUAAAGAAAAAUGUUUGUAAAUUAAGGAUCAAUCAUAAAUGUUUUUCAGUCGAAUGUGUCGAUGGAUCAACAUUUUGAAACUGCGCAUAUGGACUUAGGUCGGAAAGAAUUGAGUCAUCCACAAAAUUCAUGAACUAACAAAUUAUAUGAUUUACAAUGACAAUUCAGCAAAGUGUUUGUGAUUGAUUAUCAAUGAGAAAAUAAGUAAACAACGAAAAAUUUCCAAUUUCAUACAAUUUCGAAAUCUUUAUUGUGAUUCAGUAAAUUCAUAUUAUCGGAUGAUACAAAAGUUUGUACUUUUCUUAAGCUACUAUAUUUUUUAAUCAAUUUGUUAGAUUUUUCUUGUUACUUCAAUUAUAAACUCGAAAAAUGUUUACUCCCACCACCGAAAUUUACUGUAUUUAGCGACAAGAUACUCGGGGAAUCUCGGGCCAGCGACAGACAUAGCUGUCAAUGCUCUUGUCCGGAGACUUUACCGAGUCUCUUGAUAGCAUAUCAGCAGUCUUGGUGCAUGAAGGAUGACAAAAUUUUUUCAGUCUUUUUUGCCAAACGUCGAGCAUUGAGAUUUCGAUGAAAUAAAAUUAUUGUUGUUUGAAUACAUGUGCAAUCCAUCCUUAAAAAAUAUUUAUGAUAAUGAUUUUUGUCAAUGAUUAACGAAAGCACCAUUCAAUUUUAUUGUUUCUGCAUGCUGGGCACCUAUUCCUUGGUUAGAAUAAUAAUAAUUAUUAUUUCAUUUAAAACUCGUACGUUACAAUUUAGAGUCGUGUGUAAAUAAAUAUAGAAUUAUGUGUGCUGUACAAAAACAAUUGUCUUUUAUUGCAUAUGAUUGAUUGUUUUCGUAAUAAAAAAAAAAAACUCAUACUCUACCAAAAUAGAUCGGAAACGUCGAUUUAUAA